AUGCCUCCCAAGUUCGAUCCCAGUGAGGUCAAGGUCAUCCACCUGAGGGCCACCGGUGGUGAAGUCGGUGCUUCAUCCGCUCUUGCGCCCAAGAUUGGUCCUCUCGGUCUGUCGCCGAAGAAGGUCGGUGAAGAUAUCGCGAAGGCGACUGGUGACUGGAAAGGACUUCGCGUCACCGUCAGGCUCACGAUCCAAAAUCGUCAAGCCGCUGUCUCCGUCGUCCCCUCCGCUUCCUCCCUGGUCAUCAAGGCCCUCAAGGAGCCGCCGCGCGACCGCAAGAAGGAGAAGAACAUCAAGCACACCAAGUCGAUCCCUCUCGAUGAGAUCAUUGAGAUUGCCAGGAAGAUGAGGUUCAAGUCCAUGGCGAAGGACUUGAAGGGAACCGUCAAGGAGAUCCUCGGUACCGCUUUCAGCACUGGUUGCCAGGUUGAUGGACGGAGCCCAAAGGCUGUCUCAGAUGACAUUGAGUCUGGCGAGAUUGAGAUUCCUGAGGAGUAAGGGAUUUAUUCCUGUGAUGAUUCCCCGUCGUUCUAUUGGAGCGACCAUUCUGCAUGUAUCAUGGCACAAUGGAGUUUCAGUGACAUCAAAAUGAAUAUCUUCUAGGCAUAUUUCAUGGCCGACUCAGUUUGCUCCUGUGAUUAUGUGCUAUUGUCCGCCUCAUCCAACACUAAAUCGGCCUCAAUAACUUAGAAACAAUACGAACGAUUCUUCGCCUCAAAGUAAACCUUUCUAGCUGCUAGGAGCUACUAUCCCAUUGAUGCUAAGGCGAUAUACUGUUUUCUCU